AAUUAAGCAGAGAAUGUUGUUACUGAGCCAGUAGUAGAAUGUAAGCUGACUCAAGUAUGCGAGAUUCACGUCAGAUGCGGGUUGGAUUCGCCAUUCGACUUAUGCUUAUCUCCAUAAAAUCUUGACCACUCCGCAAUUUCACACCACUGAAAUUUCCAGGCUAAUUCCGUCCUCGAUUGAUAAGCUCUUGUGCUGUAGUGCGGGUCUAGAAAACGGAAGAAAUCCUCACUUACCGGGUUGUUCAAUGAGGAACAAUGCAUUAAAAUGACGCCAUUGGUUUUCUAAUUUAUAUGUAUUAUGUUGAAUGGCCCUCGCGCUUACUCCGCGCUUUUCUGAGCAUGCCCCUGCAAUUGUAUUAAAUGUUCAGAUUGAGUUAGACGUGAUAACUCUAUCAUCUCAAUAAACCGCCAAGAUGUCAAACGCAGAGAGUAAACCAAAGCUAAGAGUGGCAAUCGUCGGCGCCGGCCCAGCAGGCUUAGCUGCGGCGAUUGAAUUUCAAAAGCUCUCCUUUGUUGAUCUUCGAAUUUACGAACAAGCCCGAGAGUUGCGUGAGGUCGGUGCCGGUAUAAGUAUUCAACGGAACACCUGGCGCAUGUUAGACGCGUUGGGUGUUUAUGAUAAUAUCGAUCCGAGUACCGUCUUCAGCGCCGCUGAUGGCCAUUCCGUGCAGCAUCGUAAUGGACGAACGGGAGAGUUACUACAAUCUAGCGGACAACAUGACACCCUCCCUCGACAUAAACAUGCCAGGGCCUUACGCUCUGUACUACAGCAAGCACUUCUGAAAGCCGUGGAUAAAGAAAAGCUACGACUUUCAAGCCGACUUGUUGAGAUCCAUGAAUUGCCAAACAAGACAUUGUCGUUGCGAUUUGAGGAUGGACACGCGGAUGAGGUGGAUCUCCUCAUAGGAGCUGACGGUGUUCGAUCGGUGGUCCGCCAAUUCUCCUUCCCGGACCAUCGCAUCAGCUAUACCGGUACAACAGCCUUCCGAGCCCUUGUACACGCGGACGAUAUUCUAAGCAUUCCCAACUUUCCUGACGCCGUGACGUUCUGGCACGGCCCCACUCGGUGGGUAUAUACCUGCAACCUCAAUAGAGGUAUAUACGAGGUUACGGCGAGAACGGAUCUUCAAGAGACUAGUGAAACGGUCAGCUGGGGACAGGACGCUAGUCCGGAUGAAUUUGUAGUGUUAUAUAAGGACUUCGCACCAAUUAUUCAAGAGGUCCUUAGUAAAGUGGGAGAAGUGAAGAAAUUUCCCCUCUUCGCAGGGCCGCGUCUAUCGAAGAUCAUCUCACAUGGUUCUAUUGCAUUGAUUGGGGAUGCGUCUCAUCCAUUAUCUGGGGCCUUUGGUGCUGGGGCGGGAUUCGCCCUGGAAGACGUGUAUGUGCUCACUCGAGCAGUGAAAUGGGCACAUGAACGCCACCUUCCAGUCAGUGAUGCUUUGACUCUAUACGAUAGAGUUCGAUCGCCGCAUUACAAGGAUAUGUACGAUAUUCUGGAUGGUUUCCGGGCAUCCGAUACUUUAAUCAAGGGUCUAACCUCCUUCGACGAUAUUGUGGCGGCUAACAUCCAAAACAAAUGGACUGAUGACCACCAUUGGCUGUACCAUUACGAUGUCCAAGAAGUAUGGAGAAAGGCUUGUGAGGAGGAGGAUGCUCGCCGCGUACGAAAUAGUAAUGAUAUAAAGGACACCGAUGUACAUUCUCGUUUGUAG